ACGCGUUUGUUGCGUUCCUCCUCUCCGCUUGGAUCUGUGGUCAAUCAAGACAUGGCUACGAACGGGCAGUCGCCUGCAGCGUCAAGCACAACAAAUCCAACAGCCAAUGCAGCAAACAUAAUAACAGCCCUUGGCAAUGCGUUCAAGUCGCAGACAGGCGACCCCGUGUCGGGUGAUCGUAUAGCCCAGCUACUUUUGCAGAACAUGGGACAACUUGGAGAACUGGCGAAACAGGGAAAGCUCAACCAACAACAGAUAAUGCAGUUGAAAGAAUACGCCGACAAGCACAGGACUCCUACCACUACCGCUGCCACAGCCAGCAGCUCAGCAACGACAUCCACAGCGCCAAACCCCCCAAAGCCAGCAGCAGCAGCAGCUCUUCCUGCCGCUGCUCCCGUGGCCGCUGUGACUACGAACCACGCAGCCUUCAAGAGUGGUUCUCCUGCUCCUGUCCUUACUUCGGUUCCAGGAGACGGCUACCCUAUAAGCACAACGCUAAACACGACAAACCCAGGCCCAGUCCAGUGGGCCAGUGCGCAACAGGGCAGACCAACCCUUACCGGAGGUAUUCCAGGUGGAAGAGUAUCGGGGACGCCUGCCCAGGUUACUAAAUCCUCGGACGACGCCAACAUGCUGAAUUUCGAUGAAAGUCGUUCACGGAGAAAGAAUACUCCUGGAGACCAGAGUAUGAGGAGGUCAAUACAGGAUCUCGUAUGCAGUGUCGACCCUCACGUACGCAUAGAGCCAGAGGUGGAAGACCUAUUGCUACAGAUAGCAGACGAGUUUAUCGACUCCGUAACAAACUUUGGAUGCAGACUAGCUAAGCAUCGAGGUGGUGACACCCUUGAAGUGAAAGAUCUGCAGCUUCAUCUUGAACGUAACCACAACAUACGUAUCCCUGGCUUUGCGUCUGACGAGACUCGUAUAUCCCUGUCUCAAUCUUCACUGGCACCCUCCGUGUCCGCGCCAACUACCAAAAAAACCGCUCAGGGUCCCAAUAUGACUCUCAGGAGCAAUCGAUUAGCCCAAGUGCAACAGGCAAAAAGGGAGGCAAAACUGAUAUAAUAUUUGUGGACUUGUUGCUUCACCUUUCAUUCGUUUAACUUUCAUUUUUAGAGGUGAUAUUUUUUUUUGGCUGUAGCCCAUGAUUGCAUGUAUUGAUGUAUAAAUAAUAAUAUUGUGCGCAGAUAUUUA